CGUUGAAUGACCCUCUCACUUAUCGCUCCGCCAUCUUCGAAGCUUCCUUCCGUCCGCAGCAUACACGAGCGCCCACUCGAGGUGCUAGCGAGCCUUGUCGAGUACCUUCGCACCAUUUACAACCCUCCCGUCCGUGGGACUCGUCGCAUCGACCGCAAGGCUCUCAAGCGAUCUUCUACUCUUUGUACUGGCGACGACGGAAAGGCAGCGCUAGAAGCGCUCCGCGCAGACGAGUUCGAGCGGGCGUAUGCCGUCCGCUGGCUCAAUGGACUCGUCUGCCAAGCCUCUCUACUUUCCGACCCACUCGAAGACAGCGCGGUCAGUGGGGACUCAUACAAUGUCGAGGACAAGGUCGACACUCUAAUUCAUUCGGCCACGGCUCUCAUCGCGGUUUGCGCAGGGUCCGCCGCCCUCAGGACCCUUACCCGCCAGUACGCUUUCUACGCGCCUUCCCUCGAAGCGGACGUCGACAUCAGCUUAACGGACCUCUCUAUCUCUGUCGAUGCCGACUCAGCGACUGUCGGGACGCAGACCUGGGGUAGUGCGUGUCUCAUGGCGGAGAUGCUGGUGGAGGAGCCGGGCAAGUUCGGCUUGACAGACGAGGUGCUGAGUCGCGCCGAGGGGGUGCGGGUACUAGAGCUCGGGGCGGGGACUGGGCUGGUCAGCCUUGCCGCGGCGAAGUACUUGUCUAUGCGCGGGGUGAAAGCCACCGUUGUCGCGUCGGACUACCAUCCUGCUGUGCUCAGCAACUUGGCGCACAACAUCGCAGCAAACUUCCCUCCCCCUUCACCUGCAUCGGCGGAUGUCUCGUUAUGUGCACACGCGCUCGACUGGUCGAAGUUCUCCCUUCCCGGGACGGCGCACCAUCAUACCGCGGAGCCGCCUUUUGAUACGCCGUUCGACGUGAUCCUGGGUGCGGACAUAAUCUACGAGCUCACGCAUGCGUUGUGGAUCCGCGAUACCGUUGCAGCCCUCCUCCCUCCCUCGCGAUCGGCUCCGGCACAUGCACCAGCUCCUCGCUUUCACCUCAUCAUUCCCCUCCGUCCAACGCAUACAUCCGAGUCGCACAUGGUCGAAGAGGUCUUCCUUCCAGCCAGUAUCGGUUCUGCUCGUCCCUCGUCCGAGUUGGCGCUAUGCGUGUUGGAGAAAGAGACCAUUCUGUGCGAAGUGGAGGAUGCGCGUCGCUCGGAGGUGGAGUAUCUAUCAAGCGUAUUAUCGGUAAUGUUAUUCUGCGUCGCAGAGUACUUACAACUCACCAGUAUUAUUCUACGCUCGGGGGAGAUCGCUCACAUGGGCGACAAGCUCGGCAGCUUUCACGAAGACAUGGUCACCGCUCUUACUGUCAGCGAGGUUGCCUCCGCGUCAAGUCGAGUAUCUCUAUCGCCGCAUGAUCAGUGCGAGGCGCUCGCUGGAGUGGGGCCCGAUAGCACAAUCACCAACUCGAACGUUCUACUAAUGCGAUGCAUCCAGCGGUCCGCGACACAUCGCAGGAAAAUCAAGAGCCUGGAAUUGGGACUCCGGGAAGAAUAA